CUGUUAAUGAAGAGAAUUUCUUUGAAUGGGAAGCUCUUAUCAUGGGUCCUGAAGAUACAUGCUUUGAAGGAGGUGUUUUUCCAGCCAUCCUGAGCUUUCCAUCUGAUUACCCUCUCAGUCCUCCGAAGAUGAGAUUUACCUGUGAAAUGUUUCAUCCUAACAUCUACCCUGAUGGACGGGUUUGUAUUUCCAUCUUACAUGCCCCAGGAGAUGAUCCUAUGGGUUAUGAGAGCAGUGCUGAGAGGUGGAGUCCAGUCCAGAGCGUGGAAAAGAUUCUGCUGUCCGUGGUCAGCAUGCUAGCUGAGCCAAACGAUGAGAGUGGAGCCAAUGUCGAUGCAUCAAAGAUGUGGCGUGAAGACAGAGACCAGUUCUGCAGAAUUGCUCAACAGAUUGUACGCAAAUCCCUGGGGCUCUAAUGCUCCCAAUGUCUCCACCUAAUGGACCUUUGAUGUUAUUUCUUUUUUAAUUUUCACAAAGAGGACUGGAAAUACAUUGCUAAAGCAGAAGAGAUGGCCCUUUUCUCUCUCUUCCUUGGACUUUGUGCUAUGCAUUACCAGCUGCUUUCAUUUUUGUUGAGGGCCUGUUGUUGGGAACACUGACAAUGUGGGUGAAAAUCAGUAGAUUUGGGUUCCUUCAUUUGUCCUGUGUUUUCCCUCUAUCAUUACAUCUUACUUUUCCAACUUCCUUGUUGUUCAUAAUACAGGAAUUAGUAUGUAUGACAGAAUUUGUCUCUUCAACAGUCUAUUUGUAUGACUACAGUGAGAUAAUAAUUAUACAGCAUUUAGGUUGUUGUACAAAAGAUACUUAUGACAAAAGGCUGUAGUCCUACUUAACUGAGAAAAAUCUGGAAGAGUACUUUGUAUUUACCAGAAAAGCAAGCUUAUCUUGCAGUGUGAUACUGACUUCUUUUUCUUCCUUUGCAAAAAGGGUUGUACAAUGCUUACUGCUCUAUAAGGCAUAGACUUCAGAAAUACCUGUCUCCUUCGACUUUUAUUUAAAUAGAUAAUAAUUUUGAAACAAGAAUUAAACAGAUGGCAACAUUAAACCGAGCCAAACAAAUGAAUGUAGUGACCUGUAUUUAUAGGUUUGUUCUAUAUGAAAAACACAGACUAUAAUUUACUACCUUUAACUGUGUAAUUCAUGUAUGCAUUUUAUUACUCAUAUUCUAGUUUCUCAACUUGAAGCUUUUCUGUCACAUUUCUUCUUGCAGAUGUUCUGACUUUAUUAGGAAAAAUAUCUGCAAAGAAAAUAAAGGGUGUGACUUUUUUAAUGUUUUUUUGGGAGCUUGUCUUUUAGAUUUAUAUUGUAGAAUAGAGAAUUUACCUAUAAAAGCCUGGUUCUGGAAGGGCAGGUCACAUAAACAACAUUCUGAAGCAUAGUUUUUCAAUAAAUGAAACCUAAACCAAUUUGGUAAUCAGUAUUUUUUUAAAAAGUGUUUUUUCUUCUACUGCGUUAAAUUUAAUGGGUCUAGGACCAUGCUUGACCUUAAUGGCUGCUAAAGUACUAGAAAGAAAGCAUCCUAUCACCAUUUGAUAGAUAACCUGAGGAAUACUUAUUUUUCAGUGCAGUCGUAAAUGCAGUUGAAGAAUUUGCUCUAUAAGGUCUCUUCCUGUUUCAUUGUUCCAGUGCAUCCCGAAGGUGUUUUAUGGGCCAUAAUUCAGGGAAGACCAUGCUAUGUUUCCAGUCCUUUUCUUUCAAUCCAUUGUUUUACACUCCUGGCUUUGAUAGAGCAUGUCAUUAAGUUGGCAUAUGUACAGGAGCUCCUUCAAUUUGCUAGUACAAUAAUUUUCCAAAGUACCUUGGUACAUGCUUAAAUGUUCUGAUGGGACAGUGUUAGUGUGUUAGUCAAAACCGUUUCCUGGAGGCCUUCACACCCAGACUCUCCCAUUGGAUACCAUCCAUCCAAAUGUAUCCGGUAUUAUCACUCCACAUGCUGUUUCCGAGUUUCUUUACCCAAGUUACUAAAGAUUCCAGAACCCCUGUGUUCAUCUCUGUGCUUUUAUAAGUGAUCAGUGGCUUGGUUUAAAGUGUUCUGUCAUAAAAUUUUUGUGCAUGCAGUUCCCUACGUUCGGUGCAAGCUUGCCCGUCGCUUGCCUGUGACAUUGAUCAACUAGGCUUUUUAACUUUUUCACAUUUCACUGUUUCUCAUGCCUGAUCUACCAUCAUUUUGUACUCUUCUGGUCUGGAUCCUUCUCACUAAACUGUAAGAGCCAUGAAUUCUCUUCAGUCCCAUGAGCAUAUGAUAUCUGAACAAACCAUCUUUCCUCACUAAAAUGCUUUCUGUUCUAAAUUAUCUUGCUGGCAGGAAUCAGAUGCAUGAGGUUGCAAAUACCUAUAUAUACACCUUUGAACUACAGUCCUUAUCCUCUGCAUACCUAAAAGUAUCUUGUACAAUCCAUUAUUGGCAUAGAGAGGCUUGUCCAUUACUUUUGGUAUUAUAGUGUAAAUAGGUUACUAUAUAGCUUUAUGUUGGUCAUUUCUUGACACACUCCUUGCCAGUAGAAUGUAGUAGAAGUAUAAUGCCAUUUUAUUUUAGCCUGUGUACAACAAGCAUAUUAAAGGUCAUUUGCAUAUGCACAUAAUACUAGUAAGAUCACAAGGCUCUUAGAAUGUGAUUAGGUAAUUUUGGAUUUAAAGCAAUAUUUUUUACAGUAACCCAACAUUUUAGUACAUACACAUCAUUCAUUGGUGUCUUGCUGACUUGAUAAUUACCAUGAUAUUUGGUGUGAUGUUUAAGUGUUUUGAAAUGUAUAGAAAUUGUUGUGUGGAUGUUUUUUAACAAUGUCUGUAUAAUCUGAAUUUAAAAUGGUUUUUGAUGGCAUGGGGAAAAGACAUAGUGGCCUGCAAGAAUUUUAGUUUAGUGUAUAAGAUCAUUCACUUUAAAAAAAAAAACUUAUAUUGUUUUUUGGGUAGGUUAACAUUGAAAAGGACUAGACUACACAAAAUUUGGCAGUCACGGUCUGUUUUAUUUCAGAGAUGCAAUGCAGAUGCAAACAGCGCCUUAGUACGUAAGUGAGCUUAAUUAAAGAUAUACAUUACAAUCUACGGAAAAGCAAGGCUUUAUGUUGUAUAAUUAAUUAAGCUUUUCUAUUCAUUUUCAGCUGUCCAUAAACAGAAGAACUAUGCUUUGAAUUUAAAUAUCAUAAGCAAAUAUCAUAAUUACCACAGUACAACUCAAUCAACAAAUCCUUUUUAAAAUGCAAAUAGUAUUAUGUAUGUGAUCAAUGUGUUAAUGAUAAAAAUUAGACUGACUCUUCUUUGUGCAUCAGUCUAUUUUAUUGUGCAGUUUCACUGUACAGAUUACUUUGUGUUCCAAAAUGUUAAAUACAUUGUGUCGGUGAUGUAAAGUACUGUAGUUGUGAAAGGUCUAAUGCUAAUGUAAAAAACAACGCUAGCAACUGUAGUCCAGAACAUUAAUAAUGUAAGGGCCAGGUACUGGAUUUUUUGGUAGAUUAGUAUAUUUUCUUCAUUCCUAAAAUUUGUAAUUUUUCAGUCAAGGCUGUUCAUAGACACAAUCUUUCCUGAGCUUUAGUGGCGGACUGGAUGCCUCUCUUGCCAUUCAGUGGAGUUGCAGCCCACCCAAAUGACAAAAAGAGUGUUUUAUGAACUUGGACUGUUCAAAUUCUAGAGUAGCCAUUUCACUAUAUGAAUAGUAGAAGGUGGCAAAUUGCUAUGUGUAUUUUAGAAAUGAAGAAUGCUUAACAUGACUUCUUAAAGAAUCCUUGACUAGGUUGAAGAUAUAUUAUCCAUUCAGAAAUAUAUAAAUACAUUUAGCUUCCCUCUGAAAGUAAAGUCACUUCAAUAUAACAGUCAAGCAGUUAGGUAAAAUACAUGUAUAGUAUAAAAGGUAUUGUCUCAGACCAAUUUGUCAUGGAAAAGAUAAGAGAUCCGUUUGCACAUAACAGGACAUUUACUGUAAAACAUUUGAAUUGCCUUAUGUUAUAUAACACCACAUUUAAAUAGUGUUAAGUAAUCUCUGAAUUAUGAAAUGGGACAAUCGUGUUAGUAGAUGUUUUUUUAUAAUGCUGCCCAAUAAAACAAAAAUGUAACAGGGGUCACACAGAAGCUAUGCAAUCAAGUGGCUAUUAAAACAAUCCUGCUGCCAGCUGUUUAGAGGAGUACCAUUGCUUCCAAUAACUUAUAUACUUUAGAAAACAUAUAUAAGCAUGUUCCUUUGAAGUGAGUACUUUGCACAUCUAAUAAUAACUUAAAUUUCUGUUACAAACUAAGCAAUACUAAAUCUUUUAUCCCCUUUCUGCAAUCAUUUUUUAUUUCUGUGUAAUCGACAUUUGAAAGCAGAUGUGUUUGAGAAGAUUACAAAUAAACAUAUUUAUCGCUUCCUA